AUGUCGCGCUCCUACGUCACCCCCUCGCAGCACCGCCACCUGCGCGCGUGCAUGGUGUGCAGCUACGUGCAGCCGGCGGCCAAGUUCCGGCAGCAGGGCUGCCCCAACUGCGAGUUCCUCGAGAUGCACGGCGCCGACGAGGCGCACAUCGCCGACUGCACCUCGGCCGUCUUCGAGGGCCUCAUCGCCCUGGCCGACCCCGGCUCGAGCUGGGUCGCCAAGUGGCAGCGCCUCGACGGGUACGUGCCGGGCAUGUACGCUACCAAGGUUUCGGGGAUCCUUGGUGAGGAACAAUUGGCCGCGUGCGAGGCUGCAGGCGUGAAGUACAUCCCGCGCGACGGCAGCGAACAGGAGGACUUCAACGAGGCAUGA